AUGGAGGCCAAACCACAACAACAGCAGCCCGCGUCUGCUUCUCACAACGAGAAUGUCCCUAGCGAGGAGCCAGUCACCUUACACGCAGAAGGAGCCAGCAGGAAGGGCUGGAUCGAGAACAACUUGCUGCAAGAAGUCAAUUUCGACCUUCCUCUCACCGUGACGACUCCUACCGAAUACGAUGGCCAGACCUUCCUGGUCCUGGACUUUGCCCCAGGCGAUAAGGAAAACCCCUUCAAUUGGAGUGGCAAGUACAAGGCGUUCAUCAGUUUACUCCUCUGCUUGAUGACCCUUUUCAUUGGUCUUGCCACCACGGCGUACAGCUCUGGUAUCUCUCGCAUGGUCUCAGACCUGGGAGUUUCCACUGAGCUCGGUCAACUGGGACUCUUCUGCUUCAACUUUACCUGUGCUCUGGCGCCGCUGUUCUUGGCCCCGUUCUGUGAACUCGCCGGCCGACGUGUUGUCUACGUCGGGUCAUAUGUCUGCUUCAGUCUCAUGUUCAUCGGUCUCGCGCUCGGCAAGAACAUCGCUACCAUCCUUGUCUGCCGUGCCCUGCUCGGUUUGUUCGGCUGUGUGGGCACGAUCCUGGUGGGUGGUACUUUCGGAGACAUGUACACACCCGCCCACCGCGCCAUUCCCAUGGCCUCCUUCUCUUUCAUCGCCAUCUUCGGAACCGUCGCUGCCCCUAUUUACGCCGGUUUUGUCGACCAAGCACUCGGAUGGAGAUGGUUGGAGGGUAUUCAAGGCCUGGCAAACAUUCCUCUUAUGAUCCUCAUUGCCAUCUUCCUGCGUGAGACUCGGGGCGGUGUUGCCUUAGCCAAGCGAGCGAAGCAGAUCCGUAAAAGCACCGGCGAUAUCCGCUUCGUGACCCACAGUGAGCUCGAGGCUCCCGGCAUCAAACAGAUGCUGCACAACUCAUCUGUCAAGGCCAUUCACAUGCUGAUGACCGAGCCAGUGGUGUUCGCUUUUGGUCUUUGGAUCAGUUUUGCUUGGUUCCUGACCUUCCUAUUUUUGUCCGUCAUUCCAAUCACAUAUCAGGACAAGCGCGGCUGGGGCGAGGGUCAUUGGUACCACCUUGGAUUCGCCCUCAACUUUUUCCAGAUUCGGAAGUACAAGUCUCUCACUGUCUCGUUGCAGGGCAAAGUCGAGCCCGAAGCCCGUCUGUACGGUGCGAUGUGCGGUGCUCUCUGGCUCCCCGUCGGCCUCUUCAUUUACAGCUUUACUCAGUACAAGCAGCUGACAUGGGUGGGCCCUGUCAUUGGAUUGGGUCUGAUUGGUAUUGGAAUUUUCUUUAUCUUCGAGUCCUGCUACAGUUAUACUGCAGACUGCUACGGAGAGACCGCCUCAUCGGCGAUUGCCGGACAGGGAUUCAUGCGAAACACGCUGGGCGCCGUUUCGCCAUUGUUCGCGACCCAGUUCUUCACGAACCUGGGCAGUCAGUAUGCUGGUCUUCUGCUCGCGCUCAUUGCGACCCUGUUGACUCUGAUUCCUUACGUGUUGUUUAAGUUCGGACCUGCUCUGAGAGCUCGUUCGAAGCUGGCCAGUACCACCAUUCAGGCUGGUGCUCAGUAA